AUAAUUCGUGAUUUGAGGCGAUAUUAAAUCGCCCUUUUUUUAAAUAUGACCUCUCCCAUUUCAAAAUUUUCCAAUUGUCUUUUUUAUCGAAAUAUGACUCCUCAACAUUGUUCGGAAGUUAUUGAAGAUUUCGAAAAUGCUUUCGAAAAUGAGAAAUAUUGUGACGUGAUUAUCAUAGCCGGAGAAGAUCCUGAUAUUAAAGAACUCCGAGCAAAUUCAUUUGUACUUCGUGUUAGAUGUUCGUAUUUUGAGAGAGCAUUUUCUAACGAUUGGGAAGAAAAGAACGACGAUGGCAAUUAUGUUUUCAAAAAGCCAAAUAUCGCUUCAGAAGUAUUUCAAUUAAUUCUCAGAUAUUUGUAUACAGGACUUAUAGAUUAUGAAAAUCACAAUAAAGAAGUGAUUUUGCAAUGCUUAAUUGCGGCUGACGAACUGGGAUUGAAUAAAUUAAUUGAACAUAUCCAGAUAUAUUUGAUUGAUAACGAAUAUUUGCGUAAGGAUCCCGUUAGCACACUUCAAGUCACUUACAAACAUGAACCAUUUGAAGAUCUAAAAAAUUACUGCUUAGACAUUAUUAGCGAAGAGCCAAGAAUACUUUUUUCAUCUGAAAAGUUUCCCUCAUUGGAAAAACCAAUUAUUACCAUGAUACUUCAAAGAGAUGAUCUUAAUAUGGAAGAAAUUGAUAUAUGGGAUUCUUUUAUUAGAUGGCUUUUUGUUCAUUAUUUGAAGAUUAGCAAAGAUGAUUCUUCGUGGUCAUCAGAAGAUUUGAGUAAUGUCAAACUGGCUUUAAAAGAAUUUAUUCCGUUAAUCAGGUUCUAUGAUAUUUCCAGGGAAGACUUUUAUUUAAAAGUAUAUCCGUAUAAAGAUCUCUUGCCUCAAGAUUUGCUUAGUGAUAUCCUUCGAUAUCAUAUGGUUCCUAAUUCUACUCCAAUGUUGAAUUUCAAAUCUACAAGGAUUCGCAAAGUUGAUUCUGUUUUAGUGAAUUUUAAUGUAUUUAAGCUUUUUAUGAAGUGGAUUGAAAAAAAAGAUAAUAAUUAUAAUGGAAAAAUCGCGCCAUUUCAAUUUAUUCUCCUUUUACGUGGGACAAGAGAUGGAUUUGAUGCUUCAAAGUUUCAUCAAUUAUGUGAUAGCAAAGGCGCUACAAUUUCUUUUGCAAAAAUUCAAAAUUCCAAGCAAAUUAUUGGUGGUUAUAAUCCUUUGCACUGGCAACAGAAUAGUACAUACGCAAGUACAAAUGAUAGCUUCUUAUUUAAUAUACCAAAUACUGAUACUCUUGGUUCUGCUAAAAUAAGUCGUUGUAGUAAUCCUAGUAAUGCAGUAUAUUAUCAUCCUAGUUAUGGUCCAACUUUCGGUAAUGGACAUGAUUUGCGUGCACAGGGAAAUGUCUGGUAUACUAGUAAUGGAAAUGCGUAUCCUAACAUCAACUUGUCAAACAAUUUUACGAUUGAUGAAUAUGAAGUAUUUAAAGUUGUAAAAAAGGGUAAUAAAAGUUGAAGCGAAUUUUUGAUGCGUUACUUGGUUGAUGACCGGUCAUUAUACGAAAAAUCUCGUGAACGGUUCUUGAUGAAACACGUGAUUAAUAAAUAAAUAAAAUUUUUAUAUAUUUUAUGUUAGUUUUUUUGUUACAUUUUAAAAUAAAUUUCUAUAUAAUAAAUGAAUCAAUCAAUAAAGUGUCAUAUGUGAAACAUCGAAAAUAUUAAUUUUAU